GCUCUCUCAAUAAGAGCGGCAUCGGGCCACCAGGCAAAGCCGAAAAAAAUUCACUCGCGGGGGAGCAUAAAGGCAAAAAGAAGCAGUAGCACCGCAGCAGCCGCAGUCGCAGCGGAAUCAAAAGCAGCGCAGCCGCCGCUAAUUGUCGCGUCGCCGUCGUCGUAGUUGUUGUUGCUGUUCCCAGUGUUCGUGCGCUGCGUCGCAAAAAAGAAUCAUUUUCCCCCAAAGGAAAAUUCGAAAAGAGAAACAAAAAGUUAAUUUUUUUCCACAAGUUUUCACGGUAGAAUCAAUUGCACAAAAAAGUGGAGAACAAGGAAAGGAGAAGCAGAAGCAGCAGCAGAAGGAAUAAGCAACAAUAAAAACGAGAGGAAAUCAAUAAUAAUAAUAACAAUAAAGCAGUAAAUAACAGAAGAAAGGAGAAGCAGAAGUGGGAGCCGUAGCGCAGCGGCCGGACCUGUGCCUGUGUGAGUGCAUGUGCCGCGUGUGUGCGUGCAUGUAGCAUGUAGUGUAGUAUUGUUGUAGCAAACAAAACGAAAGGCGGCCAACAACAAUAUACAACAAGAAAACAUAAUGAAAGCAAAUGAGCGAAAUCAAGCAGCAGAAGCAGCAGCAGCAGCAACCGCGUCCAACAUCGACGACGACGUAGCAGCCGCCGAUGCCGCCGACGCACGGGAAGCACCGAAAACCGCAUGACAAGGAAAUGGAAAAUUUUGUUAAAAAUUCUUUGGAAAAGCGAACCAAAAACGCGAAUCAAAAAUUAACAAGAAUUCAAAGUAAAUCACAGAAACAGAGCAACUAAGAAGGAAGCACCAGCCAGGUGCCGCACCAGUAACAACAAAGAAGAAGCAGCUAAAGGAACUAAAGAAGAGGAAGAAGAAGAAUAAGAAACAGCAGUAGAGCAUCCGAAAUAAAGCAGUGCAGCUAACGGAGUGAGAAAUACAAAGCAGUGCAUGAAUAGGAAUAUAAGAAAAGGUGCAGGAAGAGGUGCAGUGCAAGAAGCAGUGGAGCUAGGAAGAAGAAGCAGGAGAACCGGCAGUUUGCGCCCCCGCCCUCCACCCUCACCCACACCCACAUCAACACCCUCUCAAACACACACUCUUAUCACCGAACAACCAGCAGCUCCAUCUCCACCUCCACCCACUCUCAUAGCAGGAGGACUGGGGGAUAAUACCAUGGCAAGCAGUGCAACAAAUGCAGCAAGCAUCAUACGCACAAACACCAACAGCAGUAUCACUGCUCUGCCAUCACUAUUCUCCUCUGCCUCCGCCGCAGCCGCUGCCGCUGCAGCAGCCACCUCAAAGGACAUGGACGGACUGAUUGCCAUAAAUGAUAGCGCAUUAUCGCAACAAAUCGAAUUUAUACUACAAGAUGCUCCCAUGGAGCAGGAUGAUGACCAUCAACAGCACCACCACCACCACCGGCACCACCAUCACCACCACCAUCAGCAGCAGCAGCAGCAUCAGCACCACCAGCCGUCGCAGCAGCAGCAGCAGACGCAGCAGCACCACCACCAGCCGCAGCAGCAACAGCCGCAUCUGCAACCACAUCAUCAGCUGGUAGUAGGAGCUGGAAGUGGAACAGCGGCGAAGCUCGAGAAUAACCACCCACCGACAACAACAACCGCUGCAGCAACCGCAACGGCGACCAACAGCGCUUCCGUUUCCACCUACACCACCACCAGCAACAGCAGCAACAACAACAAUCACCUGGAGGAGCAUCACCACCUGAUGAUCCAACAGCAGCAACAGCAUCUGCUAAAUGGCCGGCGCGUUAUCAUCCAGUCGACCGGUAACAGCAGCAUGGCAACAGUACUGGCCGCCAGCGACAUCAAGGAGGAGGAGCUGGACGAGGAGGAAGAGGAUCCCGAGCUGAACGAUGAGAAUCUUCAGGAUAUCGAGGAGGAGGCCCAGGCGGCCGAAGCCGACGAGGAACCAGAGACGACCGCGCAGCAGCAUCCGCACCUUCAGACUCGCGUCAAGAUCGAGGUGGAGGACGACGAUAUGCCCGAAGACGAUGACGAUGAGGAGGAGGACGAAGAUGAGAACAUGUCGGUAGCCCAUCUCCAGCGGCAGCAACAGGCCCAGGCUCAAGCCCAAGCACGAGCCCAAGCUCAGGCCCAGGUCCAGGCCCAAUUGGAAUAUCAACUGCAAACGACGCAAGCGGGCGGGGCAGGCGCCCAGCAGUUGGUGCAGCUGCCCGCCGGGGGUCUAAUGAGCGCCUCGAGUACCCGCACUAUGACUGUGCCCGUCACUGAGGCGGCACUCGUCCAGCUGCAGCGCCGUCCCGUGUAUAUCAGCAAUGCUGUCGGCGGUCUGUCCGCCGGCACCACCUAUGUACGAAUGCCAGGAGCGGCCGUGAUCAGCCGGAGUCCGAUGACGGUGCUGAAUGUGGUGCAACAGGCGGCGGCCCUACCCGCCACCCAAUUGAUCCUGCAGGCCCAGAGCCCAACGCCUCAACAACAGCAGCCCCCACCCGAACAGCAGCAGCAGCAACAACAGCAGCAGCAGCAGCAGAUGGCCAUAAACCAACAGCAGCAGCAGGCACAAUUGCAAUCACAGCAGCCGCAGCCGCACCAGCAGCCGCAGUCGCAACAGCAGCCGCAGCAGCCUCAGCAGCCUCAGCAGCCGCAGCAGCAGCCACAGCUAUCAUCCCAUCCCGUGAAGCAUCAACAACCAUCGCCAGCAUCCAGCUCUUCCCCAUGCAGCAGUAGCGGUAGCAGUGGGGCCAGCAGCACGGGGGCCACCGCCAGCUCAUCGAGCAGCUACCAGUGCAUGGAGUGUGUGGAGAAGUUCGAGUCGAAGGAGCUGUUCGACAUCCAUCGCAGCGGGCACGCCAACAACAUGAAGUGCGCCAUCUGCAACAUGGUACUGAAGUCGCUCAAGAACUACGAGAAGCAUUGCCUGCGAUGCAAGCCGUACGAAUGCCAGAUCUGCGGCCGGGUGGUACGCUUCCGGCCGAACUUCAUCAAGCAUAUGCGGGUGCACACGGGCCAGCAGUCGGAGCGGCACAAGUACAAGUGCGAGGUGUGCCACAAGGAGUUCAUGAGCUUCGAGUACUUCAAGGUGCACAAGAAGAUCCACAACGAGAACGUGAACCUCACCUGCGAGAUCUGUGGCAAGGUGUUCAGUGCCCUGGCCUCGCUGCGCGGCCACUCGAAGCUCCACUCGGGGGUCAAGCUGCACAAGUGCGAUGUCUGCGGCAAGGGCUUUGGCCAGCGCUACAACCUGAAGAUCCAUGCCCGCACCCACACGGGCGACUUUCCCUUUGAGUGCAAAAUAUGCAAGAAGAAGCUCCACACACAAUCCUCGCUGCAAACGCACAUGCAGGUCCAUCUCAGGGACCAGCCGACGGCAGUAGCCACGCAGCAGGCAAAGGCCAGCAGUGCCAGUGCCAGUGCCAAUGCCAAUGCCAGUGCCAGUGCCAGCAGCCAGAACGGGGGGAGCAUCACCAAUAAUACCAAUACCACCACAACUAGCACCACCCAAACCCACACCGGCAGCAGCGGCAGCAACUCGAGCAACAGCAACAGUGCGACAACCGGUACGGCCACAACGAUUGUCAAACUGGAGCCGCCAAGCGAUCUGGAUAUGGCCAGCACCAGCAACAACAAUCAGCUGCAACAGCAGCACCACUCUCACCACCACCACAACCACCACCAACAACAACAGCAGCAGCAGCAGCAGCAGCAACAGCAACAACAGCAAAUGGAAUUGGACGACCAUUCUGGCCUCAGUGGGGACGAGGAUGUGAACUCUUCCUCGCAUAUUGUCAACUCAACCACCAAUCGCUUGACCACCGGUGAGGAUUCAUCCAAUGAGUCCUCGAAUGCCUCGCUACACAAUCAGCCGCACUCCUCCUCAUCCGCAGCCAGCAUCAGCUCCUCGCAUUCACCAUCUAUGCUGCAGCAGCAGCAGCAGCAGGUGCCGCCUACAGCAUCGUCGCAGUAUCUAAUGUCCACGUCCUCACGGACGAUUGUCAUCAAGAACUACAUGCAGCAGCAGCAGCAGCAGCAACAGCAACAUGCAGGCGCGGGGCAGGGGCAGCAUCAUCAACAGAACGGACCCGAUCAGGGGGCUGUACUCCAUACGCAGGUCAUCCAGAGCGGUGCAGGCACCAGCAGCAGCGGCAGCAGCAGCAGCAAUGGCAGCGGGAACGCCAUCGUUAGCAAUGGUACACAGCAAUUGAUACGCAAGACGCCCAUCAUUCAUCACUCAACGAGUGGCAGUGGCAGCGGCACGCUGAGCUCCGCUUUGGCCAGUGUGGUGCAGCAACAGCAUACAGGAGGUGCAGGAGUUGGUUCGCCCGCUCAAUCGCCACAGUCAUCGUCGUCAACGUCUGGCUCCUCCACCACUGUGCUGGUGUCCAAGGCCACGGGUGUACCCCUAUCGAUAGCAUCCUCGGCAGCGGCGGCGGCCGCCCUGGCCGGUUCCACUAUCAUACGGAGCACACGCAGUCAUCAUCAUAUACAGCAUCAGCAGCAACAGCAUAGCAACAGCCAGAGCCAGAGUCAGAGUCAACAGCAGCAGCAGCGUGGGUCAGGAGCUGGAACGCAGCAGCGCAAUAACCACCGAAACCACCACCGACGUCGUCAUCUCGCAGACAUGGAUGAUGACGACGAUGACGAUGAGGACGAAGAUGCAGCCACAGCAGCCGCUCAAUUGCAGUUGCAGCGCCAUGGUCAACAGUCGUCGAUGUCCGCCAGCCCCCACCACCACCAGCAUCAGCAGCACCAUCAUUCACAUCAUCAACAGCAUCAGCAGCAACAGCAGCAGCUCCAUCAUCAUCAUCAUCAUCAUCAUCAUCACAAUCAUCAUUUCGAUGAUGACGAUGACGAUGAGAAAUCAUCACCGUCCCUGGCAACGGCGGCCAUCAAGGUGGAACCGAAUCUCUACUCCUCCGGCUCCGGCGACAACUCCAACGAUAUGUUCAUCAAGGAGGAGGUGAUGUUCGAGGACUCGGCCGCCCCACAUUCACCACAAUCGCCGCCCAGCUCAAAGUUUCGCAUAUCGAACUUUGAUGGCGAUCUGGUCGAUCAUCAUGUCGAUUUGAAUCACUCGCUACCGCCGUAUGGGAACCUGUUUGAGCCGCAUUCGAUACCCGAUAGCAUACCCGUGCAACUCUAUCCGGAUGAUGAUGAUGACUUUCGGCUGGACCAUAGCUCGUUGGGUGGACUGCAUAAUACAUCGUCAUCGACCACAGAUGGGGACUUUAUCAAAAAGGAAUGGGUCUAUGGCACCGGCACCAGUUCCUAUGCCAUGAAUGGUAAAUUCGACGAUGACAGCGAUGCCCUAUGCGAUGCUGCAAAUUUCAUAUACAAUUGAGAGUGAGCGUCGUCGCAAUUGUCGGGCAGCCAGAGAGGAGCGACAGGAAUGGAAGGGUACAGGAUAUACCUGGACAUGCAUACGCACAUUUUGGCAAGACAAUUGUUUGGAUAUAUGUACAUCAUAUACGAUAGAUAUAUAUAUAUCUCUCUCUCUCUCUCUCUAUCCCUGGUCACCUCUUCUGUGGCACCGUUUAAACACAAUCAAUCACACACACACCACCCCCACACAAACAACAUAGAUAUACAUGCAUAGAUAUAUGUGUGUAUGUAUAUAUAUAUAUAUAUAUAUAUAUAUAUAUAUAUGCCACACACACCUCUAGAUAAUUUGCUAUUUCUGUGUUGCGCUCGUGAUGAUCUUAACGUGAUCUUAAGUCUAGAUAUGUGUAGAGUGUAGAAUUUUGAUAUACUCUCUCUCCCUCUCCCUCUCUCUCUCUCUUCCUCUGUUUUACCUUCUUUUCGCCGACGCCCCCCAAACACCCUCUAUCCUGUGUGUCGUCAUUUUUCCAAUCUCUGUCUCUGUCUGUCUACCUCUGUUGUAGUUUUUUGUGCAUAUUGCCCUCUCACUCUAAGUCGCUCACGAAAUAUAUAUCCGUCUCUCUCUUUCUAUCUCUGUCUGUCUCUGCUGUCACUGUCCCAUUCUCUGAUGUUUUGAGUAUAGAGUACUCCUUCCACGAAAAACCACUGCUCUUCUUCCUCAAUGAUGUGUAGUGUAAACGAGACCUGAUCCUCCCCCCAAACCCACCCACUCCUCGCCUCAGCCAAGAACAAAGUUACAAAACAAUAAUUUCUAUUAUUAAAAAGGGGUUUUUUUUUUUUGGAGAAAUCUCUCUAUAUACGGCUAGCGUCCAGCACACUGAUCCGCCAGAUAUAGUAAUAAUACUAUAUAGCAGUUAUAUAUAUCAUUUUGUAUACGAUUUAAUCUUAAGUUUAAUUAGUUUUUGCAUUUGAUCUCUCGCUUCCACUCAAUUUUGGUUUUAAUGUGUGCAACCCAAAACGAAAGAAAUGUAGUUCCUGUUUAAUGGCAAAGAAAGCUUGAGGAAAUCGUAUGAUUAUUUUACAUAUAAAACAUAUAGAUUAUAGGGUGGUGUGGCUUGUGCUGGCGGCCAGCUCUAUAUGGAAAGAUCUCUCCAUUCACUUUUUUGUGACUUCUAAAAAGAUUGUACAGUAUUUUGCUCAAAAAAAAAAAAAAGAAAGCAAAAUGAUCUAUCUCGUAUAUUUGUAAUGAAUGUGCACUUCUGAUUAACAAUUUUAUUUUUUUUAACUUACCUAAAGCGCAGUAUUUGUUGGUCCUUCUAUUCGAGAAUCCAUUGAAUUUUUUUAUUUUAAACCACAUACACACAUCCUAAUACAUAAGUAUUUAGUUUUUAUUGUAAUUAGAUAUUUUUGUUGUUGUUUAUAAUUUGGUUAAGAAUUCAAUGCUCGAUUUGUGCCGCUGCUUUGUGUAACAGCGCCGCUACCUUUAAAACUGUUCUAAUGUGCAAUCUCUCGCUUGCCCCCGUCUCUACUCCCCCCCGCAAACCCCCACCCCCCCUCUCAGACGAAACCUUAACUAGUUUCUAAGUUCUACGGAUUCACACAAACACACACACAUGUAUAUUCUUUAUGAUUUGCAUUAUAUAUGUAACUGUAAGCGUAAGGCCCCAACCAUUUGUGUUUUGUCUCAUAAACUGGAAGAGCAUGCUUUUAGCCCUAGCUUUACCCUAACAGACGACACUGCUUGUAAAAACAUAUAAAACACACACACACACACAUACCCUCCACAUAUACAUAGAUAGAUCUUUAGCGUUAACAACUUUAAUUUGCAUUUACACUCAUUUUUUUGUGUACUCGCUUGUAUUUCCUCCUCCUUCGUUUGCAGAGAGACAAACAAUUAAAAAUAAUUAAAAAACAAAAAAAAAAAAACGAAAAGCAAACAGAACGCAACAUAUAUAUAUGUAUAUGUAUAUAUAUGUUGGACGAUGUACAUGGGAUUGGAAGAUGAGGAUGCAAUAAGAGGAGUACAUUUAACAUAAACUUCUAUCAAAAGCAUUUAAUGUUAACAAAAAUAAAAACAAAAAUUCAUAAUAAAUCGAUAUAAAUUAAUUACAAAUAUAUAAAGUAUAUACAUAUAACAAACAAAUUAGCCAACAAUUUUAAAAUGUAGCUGAAGAAUUUAAUUUUGUUUGUUUUGGAAUUUGUGUUAGUUUUCGAGUAGACGAUACAAAUUUGUCCCCCACCUACCACGCCCACUUUAAUUUCGUGCAUUUUACGCUGUUGCUUUUUUGCGCAUCAUAUAAACAAAAAUGAUUAAUAUUGGUAAUUGUUGUUGCUUGCCAUUUUGUUUGUUACUAAAAGAAAUAUAUUAACAAGAUCAUUAAGUACACACACACACACAAAACACAUAGACAUGUACGUAUAGAGAAAAGCUCAAAGGAAAAGAAACAAAACAAAAACAAAUGCGCGCAAAAAAUAAUACGUUUUACAUUUUGAAACCUAACUUUAUGGAUUUGUCUUCCGCACGCACGUCGAAACAGGGGUUCGAGUCCGUUCGAAUGCUGUUCGAUUUAUGUACAAAUUGCCAAUCGUAAUCGGCGAUUGACGAUAUCAACCGAUAACCGCUAGACCUACCCCUAGACCUCCCCUACCCGUUUACAUUGCAUUCUUUGCUGGAAGAUUGCCAGCAAGAAAUCAGAAUGAGAGACAACAAAGAGUGUCGGGAAAACGCCUAAGAAAUGUGAGCACUGCCCCCAAGCCUUCGGCUAAGCCCCUCAUUUGCCGCCAGCAUUCUGAAAAGAAAAUUUAAGACCCAGAGAAGAAGAAGGAAAGAAAAAGUAGUAGUGAGUCCUCCCAGUAGCCCGGCCCCCUGCCCCCGCCCCCGACCCCGUAACAAAUCUCAGUUGAACUAAUGAAACAGAAGCAAUUUAAAAUUAAAACAAAACAAAAAAAAAAAGUUAUACAUUUUUGUACAUUUGAAAAAUGAAAUAGAGUUACAAAACAAAAGAAAAACUAUUUUAUAUACCAAACAACAAAAAGGAAAACGAUCGACAAACACCCAAACAAAUGAAACAGCAAACAAAUUUUGCACCACAACAACAAAAACAACAAGAAAACCGAAAGCAACAAAGAAAAAAACAAAAACAAAAAACAAAAAACAAAUGAUGUAACUUUUAACAUUUAAAAUCUCAACGACUGCGCACACAGCAACAAAACAAAUUUUUUGUAUUAUAUUGAAAAGAAAACGUGAAGGCAAGAAAACCUUACCUAAUCAUAAGAAAAACGAGAGAAACACGUACACUUAGGGGAAAAUUCAGAAGAGAAGAGGCGAUUGGAUAGAUGGAAAGCAAAUAAAGUGAAAUAUUUUUUUAAGUGUAAACCAGGCCCGUCACACGGCUUGGUCGCCAAAUUUUCUGCAAUAAAAAUAAACAAACAAAAAAACGAUAAGAAAAUAUACAAAAAAAAGAAAAUAUUGUAAACUUUAUAGGCAUAUACACACACACACACACACACACACACAUACACAGAGAAAAACUAACACACAUAGACAUACGUCACACUGAACUUAUUGUUAGGCUGCUGUUACACGACACAUUUUCCAGCGACAGAGACAGCGACAUGUCCUAGAUAAUCGUUGCCUUCCAUCCGCGAAGUAGAAAAGGAUUUUGAGAUGUUCCCGAAUGUGAGAAUGCAUGAUAGGGAAGCGUAUUCUGUGACUAAAAAUAAGCGACGGGAAAAUUCGGAAUUCAUCGGUGGUAGAGGUAUCGUUUAACAGCAGCUGUAGGGUAGGAAAGAGCAAGUAUGGAAGAGUUUGGGUAGAACUUAGGCCGGGAGUAGAGGAGAAAACAGACAGCUUCAACAGUCCAACAACACAAAACAGACGUAUAUAUAUAUUUGUAUACGUAUUCGCAGAACUUCCACAGAGAUCUGGCAAAAAUAUGAUAUAUGAUUAUUUUUCUUUGUGAAACAAAUUAUGUUUUCCGUAGGCAAAAAAUUGUUGGUUCUUAAACACACGUACACUUAGAUACGGGUAUAUAGAUGUAUAGUGAUGUAUGAAUAGAUAUGUCUAUAUAUUAGGACCCAAGACGGGGGAGGGUAGAAUAGGGCCAGGCCUGGGCCCAAAACAUAUUCGCCACCUCUCUUGAAGCGAUCCUGGUCCACACACACACACACACACACACACAAACACACAUACACAGAAAUACAUUAAAUGUCAUAGUUUUUGUUUUUUGUUGUUUUUUUUAACAUAAAUGUACCUAAAAAGCAAACAAAAGCAAAGAUAAAAAUAGUUAAAAAGAAUUGGGAAGACAAAUCAAGAAUAAUUCCAAUUAAAAAUGAUUUUUCGAUUCGAAAUGGAAUAGAAAUUUUUGGCAACUUUAUAUAGAUUGAAUAUAUAGCCGCAUAUAUUUAUUUAUAUAUUUCUAUGUGUCGUCCCCACCCCUUCCCCCGCCCCUGUGUGUAAUUUUGCAACUCAAAAUUCUUAGAAAACAAACAAAAACAAAUGAAAAACGAAAGCAAGAGAAUGUUAUAAUAGAAAAGAAUUAUUUUUAAUGGAGGAAAUGGAUUUGUUAGGCACAAAAUCAAGCAGAAGAGCCAAUUUUUUUCUUGAUUUACGAAUUUGUUAAAAAAAAAAAGAAAAAUUUGA